UCUCUCUCUCUCUCUCUCUCUCUCCCCCCCCCCCCCCCCCUCCCCCUCCCCUCUUCCAGUGCCAUCCGCUCUCUCCUUUCCUUUCGCCUCCCUUCUCGUCGCCUGCUCCUCCUCCUCCUCUGUCUCGGCAGACCAUCUCUGCUCCUUCCUUCCUCCCUGCCUCCUUUUCAUCACUGCCCUGUGGUGCUGUUGUUGUUGUUGUGGUGGUGCGCCUGUUGCUGUUGUUGUGUCGUCGUCGUCGGAGUUGUGCUCUAUCUCUCCCUCUCUCAUCUCCCCCAUGCUCUGAAGAAACAUUUCUCUCCUUCUCUCCUCUUCUCUGGUCCGUGCUGCAGGCUGCGAGUGUGCGUUGGUUCUUCGGUGGCCUGCCUCGCUCACGCUUUGCCUCGCGUCGCCUUCGCCUGGAGUGCGGUGGUGGCCUUGCAGAGUUCCUAUUCUUCUUCUUUCCUUCGUGGACGACGACGACGACGCCGCCGCGCUCCUCCUUGUGCUGCUUCUCGCAGCAGACAGGUCGCUCGGCUUCUCGUCAGCGUAGUGACAUCUGGGUUGCAUCUUCUUGUGAUGAACCGCAGCGACUCGUGUCGUGCAUAGCACCAACCUGUCGCUCAAUCAAGGGAGGGAGGGGAAGAAGAGGAACCAGUGCCUGUUUAUUUUUGCUGGCUGGGAGAACGAGGAUGGGAGCCGUAGAAAGAUGCUGAGAGCCACCGAGAGGCUGUGAGAAAGCAAAAGCCGAAUAGGGACGAAGGAAGCACGAGAACGCUCAUUAGAGAUUGUGAAGGCCGAGAGACGGACAGACGGACAGACACACGGAUAUACAGACAGACAGACAUCCUCCCACAGACGAGAGAGAUAGAGAGAGCGAGAGACAGAGACAGAGAGAGGCAGGGUGGAAGCGAAGUGGUGAGAAGAGCGAGCGGUGGCUGCCUCGGACGGCAGACAGGUUCAUUGAGUGAGUGAAAGAGCAGCGAGGGAAAGGAUAGGAAGCGGUGAGGGUCACACGCCACUGUCGAGACCGUCCCGAUAGAUUGCGCGAAGAGAGGGAGUGGCCAGGGGGGAGAGGGAGAGGGAGAGAGUCAAAGAUGGCGCCCUUGCCUUGUGGGCCUUUUUGCAGAUACGAGAAAAGAGUUGUUCAAACCUGGAUGCUGCUACGGCGUCCUCUUCUCACAGAAUUUAUGAUGUGAAGCCGGCCGGGAGAGAAGUGGUGAAAGCAGAUCUACCGUACCCGAAGAGAAGCGUAGUGGGCCAAUUAAUGGCAGAAGAAGUUCGGAGGACCGUGCAUUUUUGGAAAGAGGCAUCUCAUAUGCGUUCGAGAGAGCGUUAUCUGUCACUUGCCUGCACUCUCACGACGUGAGCGCGGCAGGAGGGUGUACCGCAGCGCCUGGUUUGCGUUGUUUAGGCAGUAGGCCUCUGGACCGAGUCGGCAGAAACAUCUCCAACCAUUACGACGUGAGCCAAGACAGGCACUAUACUUGCGCCCGUGUCCGUGCUGGGCGUGUGUUGAAGCACCUACCGUGCCGCGCAGGUGCUUAUCUAGAUCUGGGACCGAAGACGACCUCGAUGGAUUACAUUGAAUGUCAAGUCCCCACCGCGAAUGCAAUGUUCGACAAAAUCAUGGCUUCCGAUACCAUGAGAGUUCCCUUCAGCGCAAGCGGGCCCGGCGGAGCAGCAUAUCGACCGAUGCCCACCUCGUUUCCCGUCUUUCCUGUGAAUCAUGCCAAAGCAGUUGCUUCGUUGGACAGGGCUUCCGUGCCUCAGCAGCAAGGUGCUGGGCUCGCCGGAAGGUCUCUUGAAGAACAUUUUAAGGAAAUUGGAAGGCCAUACAUGCACCCAAUGGCCGUGUCACCACUCAACAUGACGGGAAUAAUUCAACAUCAAACACCUGGUGAGUCGGCAUCGUCGCUGCUCGGAGAUGGCACCAUGGAGAAAACCAAGAGGAAUGGGAGAGGAGAAGGAGGUGGCAGGGGAAGUAGAGGUGGUGCAACAACCGGUCGGAAGAGAACGAGAGGAGGCCAAAUGACCGACUCUCUUACAACUGGAAGUGUAUUGGAGGGCAGUCUCAGCGGAGGUGGUGGAGCUCAAUCCACUGGCAGGGCCACUGCUGCCAAUGGUGGUGCUCGUCAGCAAAACAACAGCAUUGGAGAGAAGGCAGAGAAGUCAACUGGUAGACGACAGAGCGGGCAGGGUAGUAAACGCGGUGAGAAGAAGCAGCCACAACCCGUUCCACCAUCUGUAAGUGAGACUCCAUGCGCACCUUACAACGGAGUCCCCCAUGCGACGAGAGUCGCGGAAGCUAAUGGAUUUCCAGCCGAUUGGACCGGCGGUGUGCUCGAUAUUUACGGCCUGAGGACAAGGAAGGCAAAUAUUGGGCAGUACAUGGUCGAGAUUCCGCUGAAUGAGCUUCUUUCGGCCGGCUACGAAGCCCCAAAAUUAGUCCUGAAGGAAUACCGGGAACUCGAGAAGGUCGAAGACGAAGAGACACUUGAUCAAAAGAUCUCCGGUAUCUUGCAAUUAUUCCCAGUACGUCCGAGUAAGGCUGAGGUUCAUGGAGAAACUGCAGAAAACGCAGGUUCGAGGUUAACAAAAAAUUCCAAAAUCCUCGUGGAUCUGGAAUCUCCUGUUCCUCCCGAAGACGAAAUGCUGUCCAAACAACAGGAGAGAGUAGAGAAAGUGCUGGGAGCAAAUUUUCUCUCAGGAAGCAAAUUUGAGACUGGAUCGGAAAAGGAUAUGAGAGCUGGCUCGCAGUCCAUCAAUGGAACUACGCAAGGUGUGGGCAGCUUCAAGGUAGAUGGUCUCCCACUACAUCCAUUUGAGGAUUUCAUGACGAGACUGAAACUCGGGCCCAGCGAGUCGCUACAGUCUCUCAUUGCGCAAUCGCAAGGCGAUAACGACGCGAAUGUUACUUCGGACACCCGUAUGGAUAGCGCAGUAGUUGAUAUGUGUCACAGGAACCGAAGUAUACCACCUCUACCUUGUUCGUAUCCACCUGUCGGACCUGUGAAAGCAGAACAUUAUAGAUGGAAUCACCGAGUCUGGAGUCUUCAACCGGCCAUACCAAGCAAUGCUGCGACAUGUGAAGCUGGUGCGAGUGUAGAGGACGCGCAAGUUGGGGCUGAAGAGGACGCAUCUCCGAGGUCAUCAUAUUCUAGGCGGAGGAAACUUGACGGCAAGGUGAAAGCGCAGACACCAGAAGCCAUGGCAAUGUGUAUACCUCCGUCUUCUCCUCCUCCGCCCACAGCUCCUCUUCCAACUCCUCUUUCAAAUCCUCCAACCGAAGAAUGUACUGUAUCUGUCAAAGAAGAGCCACGACAAGUGGAAAAUGCUGCGGUGCUUAGUUCAGAGGGUACCCCAAACCCCAUGGAAGUGGACUCCUGCAGAGUUGACAACGGUGCCGUUGCUGUCACUGUUAUAGAUAGACCAGAAACAUUACCUGGUAAGCAAGCAGAGAAUAUGGAGUGUGAUCAAGAGAGAAGUGGUGGGGAAGCUGUCAGACCUUUAGAAACUCCUGCUACCUUGCUAGGACCACAAGAGAUGGAUGUAUGUGAUCGGCAAAGCAAACCGUUAGCUGAUGUAAAGCAGGAGGCUGGUGGUGAUCAAGAGGGGAAGGAGCUGGUUGAGAGCAAUGGAGAACCCAAACCUGACGAGACGGUUCUGAAAGAAGAACAAUUACCAGCGCUUCCGUCUGUCGACAUCAAAAUUAUGUGCCCAUCGCCCCCUCAAAACGAAUCGGCAUCAACGUCGCCUGCAGUACCAUUGUCACCGGGAGUAUCGAUAGCUGCCCACAUAUUGAUGUCCAUCCACAAAGAUACUUUCCAACAAUUGGAGCCAGAGAAGACCGACGGGGAGAGAGAAAGACGAAGGAGAGUCUUUCAACCAUAUCAAGGAGCACCGACACAAAAGGCGACGAAGAGCAUGAGGGUUAGUAGUACCACUGUAAACCACAGACAGCCAGGAGGAGAUGCUGGAAAGGAGGGAAAGACGAAUGCGGAUGCAGGAUCUGUACCUCCAAGUAAAGCGCUGGUCAGCGAGAGACGAAAGAGUUUAAGUCAGAUUGACACCCCAGAGAAGCCUUCGAUUUCUUCUCCUCGGAAUUCAAGUGGAGGUGGUGUCUCUACGAGUUCGCGUGGCGGUUCACAUACAGCGGCUCGUACCAGCAACCUGUCUGUAAAGAUGGAGAAGUGUGCUGCAAAAGAAUCAGCGAAGGAUUCGAGUAGCAACAAGGAUGCCGGUGGGCGGAGCCUGUCUUCCCUUCCUCCACUAGGUUUACCUUCCUCCAAGAGCGCCCACAAAGGGGCGAAAACCAACGGAUAUACACACUCAAGCAAUCCAAAGGGGAGUUCGGCGACAGCAAAUUUUGCAAAAGUACCUACCGCUUGCAGUACACAAAGAGUAGCAUCAGGAGGAGGGUCUCGGAGCAGUAGACCUGCUCACAACAACAAUACUCCCGGUUCACAUGGGACGGCCCCUGUACCUGUCAAGUCGUCACGGCAAAGUAUUCCCGACGGUAGACAGAAAAGCAAGGCAGACGGAUCAUCUAGGGGUUCCAAGUCCAGUCGAGAUUAGAGUCACAGUGUAGAUUUUUAUGAUUAGUGCUGGGGUUCUACACUUAAGUGGGAUUGAUAGUUUAGCUCAUCUUCAUUCUUUGUACCCCACACUCUUUUUUCGCCCUGUUCUUAUGAGGGUGAAUUACCUUUCAAACCAGUUGCGGGCCAGAAGGCUCGCAGGUACAGUUAUCACACACUGUUAGUCAUCACUCACAUUGUUACAUACUUUGAUGUGGUGCUCUGCAGAGAAAGCACUCUUUACUUUCUUACGCUGUAAUUGACACAGUACCUUGUAUCUAUCUUCUAUUUACUAUAAACUCUCCUCGAAGGUGAGGUGUGUACCGGUUCCUGUCAUACCUCUUGUUUUGGUCACCUACCAGAAAGGUGGAAGAGGUGUGACCAACGCUGUUUAAUAAGACACAAUUUUCCAAUCCC